AUGCAGCGGCAAAAGCGAACCGUCUUUUUCACAGGCGUACCGCUUUUCGUGGAGAAGACCAAGCUUCGGCGCCAUUUUGACAGCUUUGGCCGGACGAUCGACUUCCGCGUCUUUGACCCUGUGCCCGGGAAGGAUUUUCGCAGCGGUCUUGUCGAGUACAUCGACGACCGAAGCGCGGCGGAGGCCAUUACGCGGCUGAACGGGAUGCUCUUUGGCGGCCGCCCGAUGAAGGUGAUAGCAGCCGCCCUGCGCACUCACCAUGGCUCCCCCCUCCAUUCCCCGACCGGGACCUGUAACAGCCACGGCCGGGGGAAGCGGCGGCGGGAGGCCGGGACAGGCUCCCCGGUGGAUGCCGAGGGCAAGGAGCUCAUGGGGCCUCUGAAGGGGGGGGUCCACGAGCCCGUCACAGGGGGGGCCGACGCUGUGGUCUGGGACGGGCUGCGACAGAUGACGGUUGAGGACGCCUACGAGGCCGUCGAGCAGCUCCGCGUGCUCGCGCUGGAGCACCGGCAGGACGCAAGGGCGCUGCUGGAGGAGAUUCCCGCCCUGCGCGCCGCAGUCGUGAUGAUUUUGCAGCACGCGGGGCGACUUCCGCGGAACGGGGAGCUCCCUGCGGAGGCUUUUCAGGUGAGAGGGGGGGACUCCGCUAGCUCUGCGCCCACCCUGGCCUCGGCUGAGGGCGUGGCUGUGAUCACCUCCAGCUCCUCAACCGGAAAAAGCGGCAGCAAAGCUCGUACCACGGAUGCCCAAAAGGAAGAGGUGAUUCAGUUGAUUGGUAAAAUGAGCAAGGAAGAUGUUGAGCGGAUUUUGCUGAUGUCAGAUUCGGACUUGGCGAAGGUAGCGGAUUCCGCACAACAACAGCAAUUAAGGGAGCUUCGAAAUCGCCUUAUUGAGAUGUCGGAGGGUUUGUAA